UCACUACUAUAAAUCCUCUCCAUCAUCCAUUCACAUCUCACACACCUUCAAAAUCUCAACAAUUUUCUUUGUCGUUUACUCCAUUCAUUCUUCUCAUUCACACAGAAAAAUCAAACCAAAUUCCAUUAUGGACACAAACCUAGGAUCCCUCGAAGCAUGCAAACCAACAUGCAACGACAUAGCAUGUCCACAAGACGGCAAAGUUUCAACAAUCCAAAAAUCCGUUUCAUCACAAUCCCUAUCCUCAUCGGAAUCCACCUUAGGCAGUCACCUAGCCCGGCGGUUAGUGGAAGUCGGAAUCACCGACGUGUUCACCGUUCCCGGGGACUUUAACCUGACAUUACUCGAUCACCUGAUCGCUGAACCGAAACUAAAGAACAUUGGUUGUUGUAACGAACUCAAUGCUGGGUACGCUGCUGAUGGUUACGCGCGGUGUAAGGGCGUGGGCGCGUGUGUUGUUACUUUUACUGUGGGUGGGUUAAGCGUUAUUAACGCUAUUGCUGGUGCUUACAGUGAGAAUUUGCCUGUGAUUUGUAUUGUUGGUGGGCCCAAUUCUAAUGAUUUUGGAACCAAUAGAAUUCUUCAUCAUACCAUUGGAUUACCUGAUUUCAGCCAGGAACUUAGAUGUUUCCAAACUGUUACAUGCUACCAGGCUGUGGUGAAUAACUUGGAAGAUGCUCAUGAAAUGAUUGAUACUGCAAUCUCAACAGCAUUGAAAGAAAGCAAGCCUGUGUAUAUAAGCAUAAGCUGUAACUUAGCAGGCAUUCCUCACCCCACUUUUAGUCGUGAACCAGUUCCAUUUUCCUUAUCUCCAAAAUUGACUAAUCAAAUGGGUUUGGAAGCAGCGGUGGAAGCAGCUGCAGAGUUUCUAAACAAAGCAGUAAAACCAGUUCUAGUAGCUGGUCCAAAAAUAAGAGUCUCAAAAGCAAGUGAAGCUUUUAUUGAACUAGCUGAUAAAAGUGGUUAUCCAUAUGCAGUAAUGCCAUCAGCAAAAGGACUAGUUCCUGAGGAUCACAAACACUUCAUUGGAACAUUUUGGGGUGCAGUCAGUACUGCAUUCUGUUCUGAAAUUGUCGAAUCGGCCGACGCAUACCUAUUUGCAGGACCAAUUUUCAAUGACUACAGUUCAGUUGGCUACUCACUCCUUCUGAAGAAAGAAAAAGCUAUCAUUGUUCAGCCUGAUAGGGUUGUCAUUGGAAAUGGACCUGCAUUUGGGUGUGUUUUGAUGAAGGAUUUUCUUAAGGCCCUUGCAAAGCGCAUUAAUCAUAACAACACUGCUUAUGAGAAUUAUUUUAGGAUAUUUGUUCCUGAAGGUUUGCCUGUGAAAUCUGAACCAGGAGAACCUUUAAGGGUUAAUGUUCUUUUUCAACAUAUUCAGAAUAUGUUGUCUAGUGAAACAGCUGUUAUUGCUGAGACAGGGGACUCUUGGUUUAACUGCCAAAAGCUCAAAUUGCCAAAAGGAUGUGGGUAUGAGUUCCAAAUGCAGUAUGGAUCAAUUGGAUGGUCCGUGGGCGCAACGCUUGGUUAUGCGCAGGCGGUUCCGGAGAAGCGAGUGAUUGCUUGUAUUGGUGACGGAAGUUUUCAGGUGACUGCACAAGAUGUGUCUACAAUGAUGAGAUGUGGACAAAAGACUAUAAUCUUCCUGAUAAACAAUGGUGGAUACACUAUUGAAGUUGAAAUCCAUGAUGGACCAUACAAUGUGAUUAAGAACUGGAAUUACACUGCUUUAGUUGAUGCAAUCCACAAUGGUGAAGGAAAUUGCUGGACCACUAAGGUGACUUGUGAAGAAGAACUUGUUGAAGCAAUUGAGACAGCAACAGGACCAAAGAAGGAUUGUUUAUGCUUCAUUGAGGUGAUUUGUCACAAGGAUGACACAAGCAAAGAGUUGCUUGAAUGGGGAUCAAGGGUCUCUUCUGCCAACAGUCGUCCUCCUAAUCCUCAGUGAACUUCACACAUUUAAGCCAUUUAAAAUUUGAGGAAAUUGAGUUUGGUUCUAUUAAGUUGAGAUUCCUUUAUGAGGAAAAUUUUCUAUUGCUAGUUAUUUAAAUAUUUCUGUGAAAAUUCAUUCCAUUUUUAAUGCAUUAUUGCUUUUGGAUUCGGGUAUUAUGUAUGGAAAACACAUAGCCCAUGAGUUAAUAAUUGUUAUAUUAAUCAAUUGAAUGGUGAUUUUGUUUCACAUUUUUCUAAAAGAA